AUGGCUGCCCAGUAUGAUCUCACCUCCAAGAUGAUCCCCUUCUUGGAUCUCCAUCUCGUCUUCCCCCUCUUGGAGUUCCUCGAGAUCAACGAGCUCUUCUACACCCCUACCACCCUGUUGGAGGCCCGUUAUGAGCUGUCCCUGAAGACCAGCAUGAUCGACCUUAUCGACAAGCUUCACGGCGAGUUGAAGGAUGCCGGCGUUACCACCGCUCCCAUUGAGCUUGUUGAGAGACGCAAGGAGGUCUUGGAGAAGUUGAUGAACUCCCAGGCCGAGGCUCAGAAGGUCAUGGAUGUCAUUGAGAACCCCGAGGUUAUCAACGCCCUUCGUCAGGACAAGCUCCAGAACUUGCAGUUCUUGAAGGACAACUACGGCAUGACCGCUGAGAUGAUCCAGACCUUGUACAAGUUUGGACAGUUCCAGUACAGCUGCGGAAACUAUGGUGGUGCCGCUGAUAUGUUGUACCAUUACCGCGUUUUGUCGACUGAUGACACUCUCGGACUCUCUGCUCUCUGGGGCAAGUUGGCUUCUGAAAUCUUGGUCGGAAACUGGGAGGUCGCUUUCGAGGCCGUUCAGGAGUUGAAGGAGAUCAUCGACAAGACUCACUUUGCUUCGCCUCUUCACCAGUUGGAGCAGCGCACCUGGUUCCUUCACUGGUCCCUGUUCGUCUUCUUCAACCACCCCAAGGGGCGUGAUGCUGUUGUCGACCUUUUCCUCCAGCCUGCCUACAUCAACACCAUCCAGACUUCGUGCCCAUGGAUUCUUCGUUACCUCACUGCCGCCGUUGUCACCAACAAGCGCCGCAAGAACUUGCUCAAGGAGCUCGUCAAGGUUAUUGAGCAUGAGACCUACCAGUACCGCGACCCCAUCACCGAGUUUGUUGAGGCUCUCUACGUUAACUUUGAUUUCGACCUCGCCAAGCAGAAGCUCGCCGAGUGCGAGGAGGUUCUCGAGAACGACUUCUUCUUGGUCGCCAUUCAGGAGGAUUUCAUCCAGAACGCCCGUUGCUUCAUCUCGGAGACUUACUGCAGGAUUCACCAGAAGAUCGAUGUCGCUGAGUUGUCCCAGACUUUGAACAUGACCAAGGAGGAGGGUGAGAAGUGGAUUGUCAACUUGAUCAGGGAUACCAAGGUCGAUGCCAAGAUCGACUACAAGGAGAACACUGUCUUGAUGAACAACAACACCCAAUCGGUCUACCAGCAGAUCAUUGAGAGGACAAAGGGUCUUUCUUUCCGCUCCCAGGUCUUGGCCACCUCGAUCGAAAAGCGUGAGGCUGCCCAGAUCAAGGCAGCACAGCACGAGAAGAACCACCCCUCGACUGCCGUCUCAGAAACCGCCACCAAGGCUUAA